AUGAGGACCUCGUUCUCGUCCAUUCUUUUCAGCCUUUGGCUGCUUUGCCUUACUGUUUCUGCUGCACCUGAGAUCCGUACUUCUAUUGACGAAUCAUGUGGUUGCACUGUUAAGUACAUUGUUGUUGAGAUGCCUCCUCAGACGGCGUCGACUACGGUCAAGACUGUCGCUACUAAGAUCGCUGCUGCUGCUCAAAAGAUAGAGUCUGUCAAGGCUAAGCCUACCUCCACUCGUUCCAAGUCUUCUCAGACUACCAUCCACGCGUCCUCUACGGCUGCCCACAAUACUACCGCUACUUUCAUUCCCAAGACUCCCAAGAAGGUUGACUGCAGUAACCCUGAGAAUGCAGUUCCUAAGAAGAAGAUUGUCAUGUCCUACGGUGACUUUGACGACGAUGAGGAGGCGACUGUUGACAAGAAGGGUAAGCCUCACAAGGAAGCUAACAAGCCCUCGAACGGAACCUUUUCUGCCUUCAACGCACCAAAGAACACCACCGUCAAGAAUGGUCCUAAGGGUUCCAUCGAUAUGGAUCUCGUCAUGAACCACCCAGCUGUUGUGCUUGACUACAUUGAUGCCAUCACCUCAGUAGACUGCUCGUCCGACUCUAUUGAGGUUAAGUUCGGCAAGUCCGAUGCUUUCAACAAUGCAGUCAAAUCAUGGCUCGAUACCUUCAUUCUCAUCACUGGCAACAUGGGCAACUGCAAGGCUGCCAAUGGUCAAGCAUUCUAUCUCGUCGAUCGCGUCACGGCGGAUAAGGGACAGAAGUCAAUUACUUGCCAUGCUUCGGAACAGAAGUUGGAAGACAUCGCUGAAACAUGCGAAAUGUCCUUCAACUCAAUCCCCGCCACCAAACUGCGAAAGCGCCUCAAUUUGAACCCCAGUCUUUCCCUCGAUUUCGGCACUGGUCUCGAGAAGGACACUGUUUUGUUCGCUGAAGAGCCUUUUGUCAACAUCAGAGCUGAGCAAGCAGAGUUCUCAUCCACUGUCUCUUUCUCCGGCCGCGCCAAGUAUAACUUCUGGAAGUUCAAGAUGGAACAUCUCUACUUCGAUCUUGACACCCGUUUCAACGCCGACGUCGCUCUGUCCGCUGACGUAGCAGCCGCUUGGUCCCGCUCCAUCCUCUACGACCCCGAUACCCUCUCCUUCACCGUUGUCGAAGUCCCAGGCAUUCUCUCCCUCGGUCCCGGAAUUGGCUUCGCCGUAGGCGUAGAUGUCGAUACCUCAGCUGCAGUAUCCGCCCACGUCGGCGCAGGAAUUUCCAUCCCUGCAGGAAACGUUCACCUCGACGCUCUAGACGGCAGCAAGAACAGCGCUACAGGCUGGGAACCACAAUACACUUCCUACGCCAACAUCAGCGAGAGUGUAGAAGUAGGCUUGAACGCACGUGCUUCGGUUACUGUUCAACUUACAUUCAAACUACUCGGAGGUCUUGUCGAUCUUAGCAGUGGACUCACAGCUACACCCGGUAUCUUGAACAAGUUCAGCUUGAGUGCUGUUCAGGAGGGUCAUGCUUCUAAUGAUGGUGUGGGAGGAUCUGUGCAUACUCCUCCUGGUGAAUGCGGUAUGUCGCUCAAGUCUGACUUUGUGUUUGAUCUUGAUGGAUUUGCUACGAGAUGGGCUAAGGGUAACUUGUACCAUGUUGAGGUUCCCAUUACGGAUAUGUGUUAUGCCUUCUAG